AUGUAUUAUCCAUCUCAAGGUUCCCCUCCACAAGGGUCAUCCCAAUGGGGAGGAUAUCAACAACCCCCCCAAUGGCAACCUCCGCCUCAGCCCUAUCCUCCUCAGCCCUACGGAUAUCAUCGACCCCAAUCAUCUUAUUCGGCUCCUAACCAGUCCCCCUAUCCGCCAUCGCCUUAUCCUCAACAUCAAUAUCCUCAGUAUCCCCAACAUCCUUUUCACUCACCUACCCCACCAUACGGCCACACUCCACCUCCUCGACCGCCCUUCCACCAGCAUACUCUGAGUGCCCCUCGGGAUGGAUUUCCUCGUGCAAAUUCCCCGAAUCUGCCCCCACCCCCACCAGAGAACUUGCAGCAAUUCGGUGGAGGUGCUCCCUCAAACUACAGGUUUCAGUACUCGGCCUGUACCGGUCGCCGCAAAGCUUUGUUGAUUGGGAUCAACUAUGCAGGACAGCCCAAUGCACUAAGAGGCUGUAUUAACGAUGUCACUAACAUGUCCAACUUCCUGACCGAGAGAUUCGGGUACAAGCGGGAAGACAUGGCCAACAUUCUACGCGCCAUGCAGUGGCUCGUCAAGGAUGCUCAGCCUAACGAUUCAUUGUUCAUCCACUUCUCUGGCCAUGGAGGUCGUACUCCCGACCUGGAUGGAGACGAGGACGAUGGAUUUGACGAUGUCAUCUACCCACUAGAUUACCGCGUCGCCGGUCACAUUGUCGACGAUGAUAUGCAUGCCAUCAUGGUGCGUCCAUUGCGACCGGGAGUACGAUUGACGGCGAUCUAUGAUUCGUGCCACUCGGGCACUGCAUUGGAUCUGCCGUACGUCUACUCGACGCAGGGUGUUCUCAAGGAACCCAACCUGGCCAAGGAGGCGGCCCUGGACUUGUUUAGUGCAUUUACUUCGUAUGGACAGGGCGAUCUUUCCAGCGUCGCUUCCACAGCGAUUGGGUUCUUCAAAAAGGCAGCCAACGGCGGGUCAGCCCGCGAGCGCACCAUCAUGACCAAGACUUCUCCGGCCGACGUGGUGAUGUUUUCAGGGUCUAAGGACACACAGACCUCGGCGGAUACGUUUCAGGAUGGACAGGCGCGUGGUGCGUUGAGUUGGGCGUUUAUCAAAUCAUUGCAACAGUGGCCACAACAGAGUUACCUGCAGUUGCUGAACACGAUCCGAAAUGAGCUCGAGGGCAAAUACUCACAGAAGCCGCAAUUGAGCUGCAGCCACCCCCUUGAUACCAACCUCCGCUUUGUGAUGUAA